AAAGAGUCUUGUUAUACUUGGUUAUUUCCCCCGUGUGCCGACUUGAGAUAUACAGACAAUUUGGAUAUUGCUUUUUCUGAGAUCUACUGAGGGUUGGAUUGAUUUAGUUUGUACAAGAAGUGUACUUCAAAGUAAUCAUUUUGGGAGGAAUAUGCUGAUUGGGAGCCUUGUUGACGUGACAUGCUUGUACAUACACUGUACCAUGGCUCAUCCAGAAACUAAUUUUGUACACCACUGAAGAAACGAUCACAUCAAUUUUGACAGGUGUAAGAAAGUAAUGACAGCUUACAAAAUUACCAGCGUAUAUAAGACGGGUUGUUUAUAAUGGAUCACAAUUAGAUAGUAUGAAAUGAGGCUCUGUCUGUUAUAACACAGUCUGAAGGUACAAGAGAGACUUUGUCCAUUACAAACCGAGUCAGAAGAAAUGCAAAGUCUUAUAUCACAAAUAUUGGGUAUAACAUCAUAACGCUGUCAAAUGGUAUGACAGACAGAUCUUCUAUUUGAUGCAAGUGCGUACCUUUAAAUACCAUCGAGGCUAUACGACAAACCAUCAGAAAAAGACGUUUAUGUAAUGGAGUGACACACAACCGGUACAUAAACCAUGCUACCCCGAAUUACAACUGUGUACAAAUAUGGAUUUUGUGCAACACUGGGAUUUCUCAUUAUUAUGAUAUACAUGUCACAAUCUAGACAUUCGAGAACCGCAAAGAGACCUUUCGACCGACUGGGGAGAGAAAUGGAGAUACCAGUUAAAUCAAAUAGGCACUACCUACAAGUCGAACAAAAGAGAUCUGCUGAAUUUCAAGCUUUUAAAACUAAGACGAAUGAGAAUAAAAUUAUCAAGUCAGAAUUUCCGAUUUCAAGUACACAAAAAAUAAUAAGUCCGCAUAAUUUUGAUUAUAUUAUAAAUGAAGAGAAAUUGUGUGACAAUGAAACAUUUCUUCUGAUUUAUGUUCAUACGGCACCUGGUCAUGUUAGACAUAGAAAUGUUAUACGAGACACGUGGGGCAAUGCAAAUAACAUCAAGGAUAUAUCCAUCAAAUUGAUAUUCCUUUUGGGAAAUGCAAGUACACGGAAACUCAAUGACGCUAUUAAAUUCGAAAGUGAACAUUACCAUGAUAUCAUCCAAGAAGACUUCGUGGAUUCCUACAGGAAUCUAACUUAUAAAGGAAUAAUGGGGUUGAAAUGGGUAACCAAUUAUUGCAAAACUGCUAAAUUUAUCCUAAAAACGGAUGACGAUAUUUUCGUUAAUAUAUUCAUCCUCAUUAAACAUUUGAAAGCCAGAUUAGAACAUGACAUAGGAACCAGUAAUUUGAUUCUAUGCCAUAUUUGGUUCAGAAUGCAUGUCGUUCGAGACAAGAGGAGUAAAUGGUAUAUUUCUGAGGCAGAAUACGAACCAAAUGUAUUUCCACCAUAUUGCUCAGGGGCAGCAUUUGUAUUAAGUGCAGAUGCACCGAAGGCUAUGUAUAAACGCUCAUUAUAUGAACCAUUUUUCUGGGUUGACGAUUAUUUCAUAUCGGGACUUCUAGCUACUAAAGCUGGUCUCGUUCGUGAAAAGUUCAACAGGCAGUACUCCAUAAGCCCAAUGCAAUUUAUAGAAAAAUUUCUUCAUCCAAUAUCACUUGAGCAACAACUUAUCUUUGGACAAGCCGUAAAUAUAAACCAAAUCUUGAGAGUCUGGAAGAAAGUUCUAGAAUUCAUGAAAACAUUAAACAAAAAUACAGAGCAUUCUAGGGGCAAGCUUAUUGAUGACAAUAGGACUAUAUGAUGUCUAUUUGCUAGAAUAACUACACAUAUCUUUCUUUGUGUCUUCUGUUAUAAUCAUUUUGUUAACGUAUUUUCAUUUGAAUUCUGUUAAAUGUAUGUUUAAUAUCGAGAUAAAAUCA